GUUUAUUUUGAACGUAUCCGCAUCUAAAGAAUAACUCACAUUCUAGUUAGAUGGCCUUGAUACAUGAGGAAUGGAAUAUAACUUAUUCAACUGCUUUAAUUUUAAUUUGGAUGAAACUUUAUCAAAAUGGCAGAUAAACGAGAAGACCCUUGUGAUAAUAAACAGGUGCCAGAGAUCAGACAAAUUCCUAAUUUAUGGCUAAGAAAGGCAGCUACGAUCAUCUUCGCCUGGGAUUUGGACAAAGAUGGCUAUGCCGGGUAUGAUGAUACAAUGAAUACAGCAGAAAGGUUUAUCAGAGCUGGUGAUAUGAAUGGAAAAUCUGCUGAUAAUGUAAUAGAGUUCUUCCGAGAUUACACAAAGCGCAAAAGUGAUAACCCUGUGGAAGGAAUUGUCAAAGCAAGAUCUUUGUCAGAGCAGCUAGUGGGACUUUGGAGAGCCAAGAGUGAUCCAGUUGCACUGAAGUCGUUGUUCCAAAUAUAUAUUCACAUGUUUCAGAUUAUUGAUGUCAAUGCAAAGGGAUACCUUACAUUCGACGAAUAUU